AUGGAAGCACAUGAAAAUGAGCAAUAUGUUACAUUUCCCCUCUCAGGGGUACAUGAUGGUAUGCAAGAUAAUAUUAUAUCUCAUGAAGAAAUAUGUGAACCAGUAGACGAAUGUGUUCUUCAAGAAGGACUCACUGAAGUAUCUGUUACGGAUGUUAAUUCUGGCAUCGCAGAAGCACAGGUUGCAGUUGAAAUUUUAGCAGAACAUUCCGAUGAGGAAGAUGAAAAUCGUGUAGUAUAUCCUAUAUAUAUUAAACAAGAAGAACAACAGCAAUACACAUCUGGAGAUGAUGAAUCAAUGGCUGUGGAAGCUCUCCGACAACUUGGAGGCAUGUAUCCUUGUUUUGAGGACAAAAAAGUAUCAUGCUCAGAUUGCGGGAACCUUUUUACGCAAGCUGAAAUGUCAAAGCAUCAUACUACUUGUUCUGCCAAUAAAUUAUCAUGUGUUACUUGUGGAGAGAGAUUUGAAAGAAAAAUAGAUUUAAAUAAUCAUAUAGUUUGUCAUCAGGUAGAUCGUCCACAUGCUUGCAGAACUUGUGGUAACUUGUUUCGUUCAAAAAACAAUUUAAGAUGUCACAUGUUACAAGUACAUCAGGUAGAAAGACCUCACAAGUGCACCAUAUGUGGAGCAGAUUUUCAGAGGCCUUCUAGUUUAUCUAACCAUAUGAAAAUUCAUACAUAUGUUGCUGGACGUGCCAUUAUGCAAUCACAGGGUAAUAACAUGUCACAAUCGGAGGAAACAUUCAGAAAAUGGCCUGAAAAUAUGGCAGAAACGCAAAACAAUCAAGUGCCAUCUUCAUCUGUACAAACUGUACAAAAUUACGAUACAGUUCAAUGGACAGUUCCAUCUUAUAAUUUUCAGAAUGAACAGUCAGCAGUUAAUACAAUAUCCAAUCCUGAAGAAAAGAUAGAUACUUUACAUGAAUUUACUGUAUUGCCAAAUGGGGAAGUAACACAAUUUGAAUAUACCCAACAAAAUAAUAUAAAUAAUCAAGUCAGUCAACAAUACAAUCUUUCAAUAAACUCAUUUAAUAAUACUGAUACAAUGGUGAAAGUUGAAAGUUUACCAUAUAAUAGUGAAAAUAGGAAGAAUUAUGUAGAAGUUGAAACAAAUGGUACAAAACAUACUUGUAGACAUUGUGGAAUUAGUUUUCCUCGUGCAACUGCACUGGUAUCACAUGAAAAAAUACAUGCAUCUAAAAAUUGGAACAUGCCAAUUGAAUGUGAAUAUUGUGAUAAACAGUUUCAAGAUGGUAAUCAUUUAGCAACUCAUCAAACAACUUGUGCAAAAAAAUUAAUGCAGAAUAAUGUAGAACAAGGUACACCUAAUAAUAAAUGGGGUAAACAUGCAUGUUCUGAAUGUGGCAAAAAAUUUACUACUAAACAAAAAAUGUUCAGGCAUCAAUGGAUUCAUAGGAAAAAAACACAUUCCUGUGAGGUAUGUGGAUCUCAAUUUGAAAAACAAAAUCAAUUAGAUGAACACAGAUUAUCAGCACAUCCUGGUGAUUCUCCAUUUACUUGUUCAGAAUGUGGUAAGAGUUUUGUAUCGCGUCAAGGUCUCUGGGAACAUGGUAGAACACAUGCUGGAAGUCCUGCACAUUUUCAUUGUGAUACAUGUUCCAAAACUUUUUCAUCAAGACAGGGAUAUUUGAUACAUCAUAGAACUCAUACUGGAGAGAGACCAUAUGGUUGUAAAUUUUGUUGGAAAGCAUUUAGAGAUGGUGGAACUUUAAGGAAACAUGAACGUAUUCACACAGGAGAAAGACCUCAUGUUUGCCCUCUGUGUUCAAGAGCAUUUAAUCAAAAAGUUGUUCUGAGAGAACAUGUUCGAUGGGUUCAUGCAGCAGGAAAAAAUGAAACCGAAGUAACUGGACCACCUUUCUCGUGUCCCAUAUGUGGUGCUUUAAAUCAAGAUCGGGAUGAACUAUGUGCACAUAUUGUUAAACAUUCAGACCAGAUGAUAGCAGAAGCAAAAGCUAAAACAAAUAAUAAUACACCGAAAACCAAGCCAGUUAAGAAAAAGACAAAAACAAGUGCAAGUACAAGUUUACAGUUAAAACAGGAAACUGGAAGUCGUAUAAUUCCUAAAUCAGAAGAAACUGAAGCCCUUUUAUCUAUUACUAAAACAGAUAAAUCAGAUGACCAACAACUUUUAGAUGAUAAACAAAAUAAUACUUUCCUUGUAGUUACUACAGAAAAACGUAAUGAAAAUUAUAUUGCAAUAUCUGAACUUAAGUCUGAAAAUGUACAACUAUUAGUUGAUGAGAAACAAGAUGAAAAUAUGCAUAUUUCACAAGCUAAUCAUGAUCAUAGAGAUCCAUUAAAUAUGAUUGCUAUAGAUAAACAGAACAAUAGAACCCAUAUAGUCUCUACAGAGCAACAAGGAAGUGCACUUCACCCUACAACCAGUCAUAAUGAAAUAACUACAAUGCAUUUAAUACAAACAUCAAAACAAACUAAUACUUUACAUUUAAUAUCAAAACAGAAUGAAUCAUUACCUGUUCUAGCAUUACCAAAUCCUCAGAGUCAUGAAAAUUUUUCCAGUCAAAUUGCACAAAUAAGUAACAAUGAUUUACCUAUGGAUAUGGUAACUCAUCAUUCAAAUAGGCAAAAUCAAGAUAUGAAAGAUCACAGUGAAGUUAGACAGGAAUCCUUAAUACAAGAGGGAGCAUCCCAAACAGCUGUAAUACAGGUUGUGCAUUAUCAUCAACAAGAAAGUGAUGAUGGAGAGGAAUUAGUCUGUGGCAUUUGUGGAGAAGAUUUUAAUGAUAAAAAUGUGUUAAUGGAACAUGUUAAAAUUCACAUAUAA